CAUCACUCCACCAAAAUCACCAAAAUGCCACCCGAACCACAUGAAAUCGAAGAGCGCAUAGCUAAAGCCUCUCAUGCAAUGGAUAAUGAUCCUUACCUGAGAGGUACGAAGGCUGCAAAGCAAUUUGGGGCCCCAUACGAACGUCUAAUGGCUCGUCGACGUGGGCGUCCACCCAGCCACUCGCGAGGGGGGCAGAACAAAAAGCUCUCCGCACCACAAGACGAUGCUCUAAAGGAGUAUAUUCUUAUGCUCCAAUAUUCCGGCCGUGGGGCCAAUAUAUACGAGAUUCGUGCAGCUGCAGGAAGGCUCCUUUUUUGGAGCUCUGGGGAUUCCAAUUCGUUAAGAAGAUAUAAUAUGGAGGAUUACGAUAUGUCUAACUUUAACGAAAGUGGAUUCCAAAUUGGAGUAGUUACCGGCGAUCGAGUCUACGUUUCCCACGAUUGCGAAGCUAUAUAUAAUACAGAUCCAGAGAAUCGAGAGCUUGUAAUAGCAGUGGCUAUGAUUAAUUAUGGAGGAACCAAGGUACCAGCAAUGAUUAUUUUUAAGGGAGCAUACCACUUGCGGGGACAUUUCAAAAACCAGCUUGACGAGAAUAUACUUUUUGCACGAUCUCCUAUAGGAUUUACUAAUUAUCGGCUUGGAGUAUGCUAUAUUAAGUAUUUUGACAGAUUCUGUCCCCCUUCUGGACCCGGCAGAUAUCCUUUAAAGCAUUGGUUCCAAGUCGAAUUACGUCAAGAGAUCUUUAUGGGUGCAGAGACAAUGGACAAAAAGGCGUUUUUUGCGAUAUUCCAGAGGUUCUGGGAUAAGGUGUUUAAUAGCCGCACGAUCACACGGAAUUCCUUCAAGAAAACAGGGCUAAUUCCUCUCGAACCAGAAGUGGUACUCUCAAAAAUGAAGGAAUAUAAGCAACUUCAGAAGCAAACAAGACGACAAGCUC